AUGCGGGCAGGUGUGAUGCGGGCAGGUGUGAUGCUGGGGACAGGUGUGACGCGGGGCAGGUGUGAGAUGGGGGUGCGGAAGGAGCUCCUCUCGCUCCCCACACUGCUGUUCUUUACCCUCCGGUCACCUGUUUCUUCCCGUCAGCUAACAUGCCGCCUCUCGCUCCCGUCGCUGCCUCCUCUCGUCCUCAGAAGGUUCGAUAUUCUUCAGAAUUUCCAGUUUCACGAAAAAAUAAUGCUUAGUUCUGGUCCAAGAGUUGAACACGAGCCUGGCAAAGCUGAGACGAGGCCAAGAGAGGCUGGACUCAAGGACUCACGACCCACGCUUGCCCUUACGUGUGGCACGAAAGGAACACAGGGCUGCGACCUCUGGAAUUAUAGCCAAAAAAAUAAAGCAGGACACAUAAACUCCUCCACCAGCACAGCAAGACACGGACACGGGGCGCGGCCAGUGGGGCUUCACGCCGCCAGAAAGAAAAGCAGGAAAGAGACUCAGCACAACAACCCCAGCGGUGGUGUGUCGAGGCCUCGCUCCUGGGAGGCUCGUGGCCUAUCCAAGACCUACUUGAACUACGACUAUGACUACUACUACCAGGAACCAGGAGUGGAGCCCCCAACGUUCAUGGCACGACCUCAGACCUUCACGGUGGAGGUGGGCCAGUCAGUCAUCAUUCCCUGCGACGUGGAGAAUCCUACCGGGAGGAACAAGCUGAUCAUCAAGAAGCAGCCGGCGAGCGGGGGGAGCGAAAAGCUGCUGUCCGUGGGCUCUGAUAAGGUGACGCCAGACCCACGCAUUGACAUCAAGGGCUCUCGCCUCACCAUCUCCCACACAAGGCCCAGGGACGCAGGCACAUUCCUCUGCCAGUUCGACCUGGAGCCGCCCGUGCAGCUGCGCCACACCCUGGACGUGCAGUUCGCGCCCACCGUGCGUGCCUUGGUGCCGCCCGAGCAGCACGUGGCCAAGGGCAACAGUGUCACCUUGGAGUGCAAGGCGAACGGCAACCCAGAACCUAACAUCCGCUGGUCACAUCAGGAGGGCCGCCUCCCCUCAGGCUACCACACCUCGCAGGGCCCGAGACUCACGCUGGAGAAUGUGGACCGCCGAGCAGAGGGCACCUAUCUAUGUACUGCUGACAACGGCAUCGGAGAGCCAGCCUCCGCCGCCAUGUCCAUCACCGUGGAGUACCCGCCCGAGGUGGUGGCCGAGAAGACCAUCGUGCGGACAGGCGAAGGGGACAACGUGGAGCUGGUAUGCAUCGUUCACGGCCGCCCCGCCCCUGAAGUUGUGUGGACCCGUGACGGACAGAGCCUCCCGGACUCCAUCAUGGACACCAAACUGCACCAGCCCCGCACCCACACCGCCCAUGACGCCCACAUGACCCAGAACCACGUCGCCCACCGCCACAUCCUGUCCAUCAAGCCAGUCACGGAGAAGGACUUUGGGUCGUACGUGUGUAUUGCAGAGAACGACCACGGCAAGGAGAGUGCGGUGAUACAAAUGACAGGUCUGCCCAAGCCCCCAGUCAUCACCAGCAGUCCCAACGGCGGGGAGAGCGACUCUUACACCUUCACGAUGGAGACGGAGAGUUACUACCCCAUCACUGAGUUCAUCAUCAAGUACCGCAAGACACACCCAGGGGCAUGGCACAGGAACUAUACGGUAAUGGCAGGAAAGUGGAGGAGCUUCUCUAAAAUCGUCGGGAAUGAGGUGGUGCGCCACGGGACUCGCCACUCCCUCGCCUACAGACUGGAGAACCUGGAGGUGGCCACAGACUACAUGGCCAUGUUGAGAGUCAGGAACAAGUACGGCUGGUCGUCAGAGUCAGAUCGCUUCUCCUUCUUCACCAAGAAAGCCAUGGCCGUCUUACAGUCCACUAGCGGGGCGGGAUGUCGGGAGACCGCCUCGGCCCUCCUGCUGCUGCUGAUGCUGGCGCUGAGCCUCACCGCCAUGUAGAAGCACGGCCAUCGAGGAUCAGUCCUGCACGCCCCGAUCCCGCCCUUCCUCAGUAAUAACGUGCAUCACGGAGGGUUCUCAAUACCACGGACCAGUUGGACGGCUUGGUACCUACAAUAAGACAGAACAUUUUAGGCUUCUGUGGCUGUGCACAGACCAGCAACCAGGACAGCAAGUGCUCGGCAAGUGUGGGCUGAGGGGCGCCUCGCUCCCUCCCCCUGCAGGAGACAGGCCUCAGGGUGUGGUGUAGAGAUCUCCUGCCGCCGCUAGUGAGAUGUACCUAACAAUCUCUCUCUCUCUCUCUCUCUCUCUCUCUCUCUCUCUCUCUCUCUCUCUCUCUCUCUCUCUCUCUCUCUCUCUCUCUCUCUCUCUCUCUUUUUUUUUUCUUUCUUUCCUUUUUUCUCGUUGAUACUUGGGAAGGUUCCCCGAGGCAUGAGGCCCGGUGCUUGGCCAGAGAGCCCCCUUCACGCAGCGGUGCGUCCCAGCACAGGACGCUCGUCGCAGCUAUCCAGUCCAGUGUUUUCACUCCAUCGUGAUGAUGUCCAUUCCAGACUUGAUUGAUGUACGAGUGCCUCCUACAAUGGAGAGUUUGUUAUAACUGUAGCCUUUUUUAUGUGUAUUUGUGCUUCUGUUUCUACAGAAACAGAACGUUGUCAUUUUUGGACCCGGACCAACAUAGUCAAGUACUUCUCCCAGCACUCCGCUCCGCCAGGCGUCGUGCGCGUCCGACUUCCGCCGGCAGACUGACCGUCGCUCUAAAGAGGCGCGGCGCGGCGGCCGCGUUAGCUGCCGACCGGGCAGCAGCGACGGCGGUUGGCAUGGCGCGCGCCUCGUAAGGGUGUGGGCUGUUUCUCUUCAACUAGAAAGGCCCUGCCACCAUCAGGCCCUCCCUUACCCGCACCCCGCCCCCCACCAGCCCCGCAGCGCCGAGGCCACAGGCUCUCUGUUUCGGAACACUUCACUGUCAUCCUCAAAAUUGAUAACGAGGCACAUCGCUGUUCAAUUCGUGAAAAGAUCCUUUUGGUUCCGAUAGUGUCCGCCGUGCCUGCCUCCGCCGCCGCCGCCGUGCUCGCCUCCGCCGGCCAGACGGACCGCGGGCUCCUCGGCUGUACAUACAAGAUGGCGAAAUUUCCACCGUCUCUAUUCAAGGCUGUUACUGUGUUAAAGCACGAGAAUUACAAGACAAAGGCAAAUGUUAGUGUGAGUUUUGCUACAAGCUUGUGUUUCUCCCCGCGAGUCAUCUUUCACCGCUUCCCACAACCGCCGCCGCCUGUGCUCGCGCCGAGACAAGGCUCCCUCACUGCCCCGGCACUCUCAUCUCUCUCAUCCACAGUGCAGUUCAGUUUCAGUCAAUGUAUACAAUGAAAUGGAUACUUCAACGGCAGUGAUUAGUCCGUGAGUGAGGCGCCCGAAGCAGCCCGACACUUUUGGGGCCAGGGCAGGGCGGAGCGCCUCUCUACGUGUACGAGAUCCAACGCAAGACCCGAGUCCCUAGCGAUGUGCAGCCUGCAGGAGGGCGUCAUAACGCGUGCCGGUGCCUUAGUCGGCGGACUCCGGGAAGUGAAGGAGAACCGCCGUGAUCUCUCCCUCCCCGCGCCUCCCCGACACGUAUACAGGAGCGGACACCCUCGCGCCCCGCGGCCCCGUCGCCGAGGCCGGGCCAAGUUUACCUCGGAUGAAAUUAACUUAUCUGCAUAUCACUGUUUACUGCAACAACUUUACUUUCGCACAGUUCCAUAUGAUUUCAUAUGAAUUCAGCUGAAAAACAAACGUUCAAUUAGGAAUCCCUCAAUCUGCCGUGUGUGAAUGAGAGACAACAGAGUGGACGCGUGGCUGGCCGCGGCUGGCCAACCGGGACAGGCAAGGGAGCAGGUGAGGCACAGACAAGCAAGGCAACCCGCAGCGCGACAAGUGAUCGGGCCGCCGUCAGGAUCCAGCCGGUGCCAUGCACUCACCGGGCCGCCGCCUCCCUCCGUGGGCGCCGCCCGUCGCCCGCACCAAGACACCCGCUGCGAGCGACGGGCGCUCCGUACCUAAGUCUCAUUAUAAAGUAGGUUACCCACAAGUCCAUCGUAGUUACCAGUCAAGUAGUUUCAGGAUGUACGUACGUACCCCCGUUAGGCCGAGGCCCUGCGGAGAGCUCGGCUCAAGUAGAACAUUAUGGCGACUUAGCACAGAGCGACAACUUGUGAGGAAACAGCCUUUUCAGCACGACACCAGAGUUUCUUCCAGUUAUCUAUGUGCCAUUUGUAAUGUAGGUGACGGGGAAGAGCCACAGGAAAUGCGUCAGACAGCAGCCUCAGCCAGUAAUCAGUGGACGUAGUGUAGUGUAGCACAUGUUUUGUAUUCCUCGUGAUUCUCCUCCCUAACGCUGAUUUUUUUUUUCUGAUGCUGUUUUCCUGUGACUUUUCCCCACAACCUUAGCGUGAAUCAGACGUGUACACACAGUGGAUAUUUUUGUAUCGGUGUAUAAACAUUGCUUUAGCUGCUGGCUGCAGGAGGUAGUCCAGGUCCUUAGGUUGGAAUCUGCGAGCUAUAGUGUGGCUUCAUGAGGUUCAUUUUGGUUUGUCUUCAUUGGUUCAGUAAAAGAGGAAGACCCUCCACCGAGCGUCCCGCAGGAGCCGCUGGUUCGUCGCCGCCGCCACCAUCGCCGUCGCCAGCAGGAGCAAGCCGCCGGAGCCACGGGCCGCCGCCGCCUCGUCCCUCAGCGACGGCUCCUGGCGGCGAGCGGCUCUUUCGCAGCACGCUCGUUACUUCAUUACAUUAUGGCAUCAAAAACUUCCGUGUUCUGCACGCUUUUUAUAAUCUAUAUUCCGAUGUUGACCUUCAUUUGUAUAUAUCUGUACGAUAUGUUUCAUCAAUAAAAGACUGACCAGUGA